AAAUCUGCGUGGUGCGUUAUGCUUGCUCACAAAUUGACUAGUAUAGCCUGAUGAGAAGGUGCUGUGGAUGACGAGAGCCUAAUUGCUGUCCCUGCAUCAGCAGCAUCGAGGAAGCAUCCUGGGAAUUGCUUGCCCUACGCUCGGAGCGGCUGAUCACAUGAGCCUGAAUUUUCAGUUCAGUUCAUUAGUCAGCCAUUUUGGUCAACACCCUGCUUACUGCGCACAACCAAUCCUAUCAGCACUCGCUGUCCUGGCUUAUCUGGGAAGAAAGGGACCAGCAGUUUGAUUUCAUCAAACCUGGAUAUCUGUCUCUACAUUCUUCCUUUGUUUUUGCUUGGGUAAUCAUCAGGGGAAGCCAUUCUUUUUCCUUCUUCUGCUUUUUAAUUUUUUUAAUUUUUUUUUUUUACAUUUUUCUCCUCCUGGCUUUGAUGCAGAAGCCAGGUUUUCUGUGGUUGUUUAGGAUCAAUAGCCUCUAGCAUAGCUGAAGACGACGACAGUGGAAAGGAGGGAGGAAGAGAGAAGCGUGAAGGAGCAGCGUUUUUACCUUGCUUUAUAUAUGAAAAGGCCAGAGCAGUCUGUGCGAUCCUGAUCAUAUCUGUCCUUUAAUAGCAAGGUAUUUCUUAUUUUCUUCUUCAGCAAGCUUUUCUUUCUAGUUCUUAUUUUUUUCCCCCUCGUUGUUGUUGUACCAGCUGAGUCAUCAUGUCUGCUCUGACGCCUCAAAGCGACAUGCCAACCCCCACCACAGACAAGAUCACUCAGGCUGCCAUGGAGACCAUCUAUCUUUGCAAAUUCCGAGUGUCGAUGGAUGGAGAAUGGCUCUGCUUGCGUGAGCUGGACGACAUCUCGCUGACACCCGACCCAGAGCCUACCCAUGAAGAUCCUAAUUAUCUCAUGGCUAAUGAACGCAUGAACCUAAUGAACAUGGCAAAACUGAGUAUCAAGGGGUUGAUUGAAUCGGCACUUAAUCUGGGCAGGACGCUGGACUCCGACUAUGCACCUCUUCAGCAGUUCUUUGUUGUGAUGGAACAUUGCCUUAAACAUGGCUUGAAAGCCAAAAAGACUUUUCUCGGGCAAAAUAAGUCAUUUUGGGGACCUCUAGAACUAGUAGAAAAACUUGUUCCUGAGGCUGCAGAGAUUACAGCAAGUGUUAAGGAUCUCCCAGGACUGAAGACACCUGUGGGUAGAGGAAGAGCUUGGCUUCGCCUGGCUCUAAUGCAGAAGAAACUGUCAGAAUACAUGAAAGCCUUGAUUAACAGAAAAGAUCUUCUCAGUGAAUUUUAUGAGCCUAAUGCACUGAUGAUGGAAGAAGAAGGUGCAAUCAUUGCUGGCCUCCUAGUAGGGUUGAAUGUCAUUGAUGCAAACUUCUGCAUGAAAGGAGAAGACCUGGACUCACAGGUUGGAGUUAUUGAUUUCUCAAUGUAUUUGAAAGAUGGGAACAGCACAAAAGGCAGUGAAGGAGAUGGUCAGAUAACUGCUAUUUUGGACCAGAAGAACUAUGUAGAAGAACUCAAUAGACAUUUAAGUGCGACAGUAAACAACCUACAGGCCAAGGUGGAUGCCUUAGAAAAAUCCAACACUAAACUGACUGAGGAGCUUGCGGUUGCAAACAACAGGAUUAUUACACUGCAAGAAGAGAUGGAACGGGUUAAAGAAGAAAGUUCUUACAUCUUAGAGUCCAAUCGUAAGGUCACUAAAGACAGAACUGCUGAUGGACAUGCACUGACUGAGGCACGGAAACAGUUAAAGGAGGAGACUCAGCUGCGACUGGAUGUGGAGAAAGAGCUGGAGGUGCAGAUUGGAAUGCGACAGGAGAUGGAGCUAGCCAUGAAGAUGCUGGAGAAAGAUGUUUGCGAGAAGCAAGAUGCGCUGGUGGCACUCAGACAGCAACUGGAUGAUCUCAGAGCCCUAAAGCAUGAACUGUCCUUCAAGCUGCAGAGUUCAGACAUGGGAGUGAAACAGAAGAGUGAAUUAAACAGUCGUUUGGAAGAAAAAACAAAUCAGAUGGCUGCCACCAUCAAACAGCUUGAACAAAGAUUGCGACAGGCAGAGAAGGACCGUCAGUUGGCCCAGCAGGACAACCGUCUCUUCAAGCAGGAGUUUGGGGACAAAAUCAACAGCCUCCAGCUAGAAGUGGAAGAGCUCUCCAGGCAGCGGACCCACCUUGAACUGGAACUGAAGCGAGAAAGAGACAGAUGGUCACACAGUCACCAACGCAGCCAAGAGAACAAAAAAGGUGCAAAGAAUUGGCUAAGACAGGAUGGGAAGCUCAAAAUCCAGGAAGAAAACGCUAAACUGAAACAGCCACCAAGAGAGAACAGUGUCCUGCCACACAAGUUACCAAGCAGCACACAGGAGGAGCAGGAACAGCUGUCAGGACCUGGAAACUCUGAGAUCUGCCAGCUCUGCCAGGAAGAAAGCAGCCGAAGCAAAAAAAAGAACAUCUGCAAGAACUGUGGUGGCAUCUUCUGUGAAGCCUGUUCAGUGAAUGAGCUGCCCCUCCCAUCUAGUAUUAACCCUGAGCGUGUCUGCAACCCCUGUCACAAGCGGCUCAUCCAGCAGUAUUCGACCAGCCCCUUGUAGGGGACAGGCGUCAGGGAGAGGUGACAAAACAAAUGGUUGUAGCUGAUGAUGGUUUCUAGAGUUGUUUCGGGGGGAAUAUGAAGAGAAGAUACUUGCCUGUGUUCCUCAGAGGUCAGAGGGGAAGCAGCUUUGUGGUGUUCACAGUCUCCUGUGGCUAAACCAAUAGUUUGAGUCUUCCCUGUAUGAAAAUCUGCCUGUUCUCAGAGCUGAGCUUGUGCUGGGGAGAACUGCUUUGGGAAUGGCACGUGAAGUACCCGAGGUGUGCCCGAGCAGCCUCAGGGCAUAGUAGAGUGCCUCUGCCCAAAAGAGCUCUGUGUGUGUGCACUGUGUGUCUGCGCCUGCAAGUUGGGAGCGUUCUCAUCCCCACGUGUGUGGCACGAAAGUGUGAAGCACAGGCUCACUGACAGCAGAACGGGAGCAUUUUUAAUCCUCAUGUCUGGCUGCACUUGAAAUACCAUUUCCCCUUUCCUGGUUGCCUUUGACAAUCUGGUUCGACUGUGCCGCAUCAGUGCCGGGUGGGAGGAGGCCAUGUGAGAUGCCAAUAAAUACUUUUUCUGGCUUCGUUUCUUUGGCUCAACCCUUGGGCCACAGGCUUGCUAUGCAAAGCAGUACGGAAGACUCAAACCAAGCUGUGAAAGUUCUCCUUCUGUAUUUUAGGGGCUGGGGUGGGGGGCUGUAGGUGGCUUUGAGGCAUGAACUGAUGGCCUGCACUGAUCUGGCACACAAGUGCCUUACGGCAUCUCUGACCUUCCUCUCAAAGACCCUCACUGUGGCUUCGUGACUACACGGCGGGGGCCAAAGCUACGGGUGUAACUGCACUUCCUGCCUUGGUGUGGUGACUGGAGGAACUGGACCCUCAAGCAUUCAGAUACCAAACCCUCACCAUGAUGCAGGAGGUUUACGGCCACUUCAACCCACCUCUCCCCCUUGUGCACAUAAAGUCAUCAUAAUAAACCUCACAUUUCACUUUUUGUUACAUGAAAAUGAAGGUGAGAUGAAACCGGAAUGUUUUUCACCUACUAGAAAUUCUGAUUUGAACCACAGUUUGAAAGGGUUUCACACUUUAAAGUUCAUGCCACAUAAUUCUUUGUUGCGGUUACCUCACUGAAUUUUCUGUUAUUCCAAAAAGCGGUGGUGGCCUCCUCCUGAAGCACAUAGCAUGUCACAGUUAUGUUUGUUCUGGUUUAUACUGGAAGCCUACUUCAGUCCUAAAGACCAUAGAAUGUGCGGUAGUCCGUAGAAAAACUGAUGUAUUUACAUGUGACAAAAUGUGUUUGGGUUUUGUACAAUGUUUAUUAGGGGUUAGUGGUUUAAUUCCUCAAAGGGGAUUUUCUAUUUGUUAGCCUGCCAGGAGGCACAUUAAAAAGCAUGUCAGAGCUGAGGUUACGUAGGUGCUUGGUGCUAGUUUGUACCAGGAAUUAACUCUCUCCUAGUUCCCUCUAGGCCUUGGCAUGUUCAGCCACCCAAGUUCUCUAGCUCCUCUUAGUGCCCCUCAGAGCCAGGGCACUAUCACAGCAGGGGCAACUCUAAGUAGUUUUUCUGCUCUUUAUUCCCCCUGUUACCAGAUCCAUUUCCUUGCUGCUAUCCCUUAAAGUAGAUUAGUAGUUGUGAACAGUGUUGACAU